ACUGUGAGUUUCGCUAUGGAAGUGAGUCCUUGGAGUUGUCUUCAGAAGCAAGCAGCAUGGGGACGGAGUAUGGUUGACUUUUUUUUGGUGAUAACACAGCUGGGAUUCUGCAGCGUUUAUAUUGUCUUUUUAGCUGAAAAUGUAAAACAAGUUCAUGAAGGAUUCUUGGACAGUAAAGUAUUUGUUUUGAAUAGUACCAAUUCGUCAAAUCCAUGUGAAAGAAGAAGUAUUGACCUAAGGAUAUACAUGCUUUGCUUUCUUCCAUUUAUAAUUCUUUUGGUCUUCAUUCGUGAACUAAAGAAUCUAUUUGUACUUUCAUUCCUUGCCAACAUUUCCAUGGCUGUCAGUCUUGUGAUAAUUUACCAGUACAUUGUUAGGAACAUGCCAGAUCCCCACAACCUUCCAAUAGUGGCUGGUUGGAAAAAAUACCCGCUUUUUUUUGGUACUGCUGUAUUUGCUUUUGAAGGCAUAGGAGUGGUCCUUCCACUGGAAAACCAAAUGAAAGACUCAAAACGCUUCCCUCAAGCUCUGAAUAUUGGCAUGGGGAUCGUUACAACUUUGUAUGUGACUUUGGCUACUUUAGGAUAUAUGUGCUUUCGUGAUGAAAUCAAAGGCAGCAUAACUUUGAAUCUUCCCCAGGAUGUAUGGUUAUAUCAGUCAGUGAAAAUUCUGUAUUCCUUUGGCAUCUUUGUGACAUAUUCAAUUCAGUUCUAUGUUCCAGCAGAAAUUAUUAUCCCUGGAGUCACAUCCAAAUUUCAUGCUAAAUGGAAGCAAAUUUGUGAAUUUGGGAUAAGAUCCUUCUUGGUUAGUAUUACUUGUGCUGGAGCAAUUCUUAUUCCUCGUUUAGACAUCGUAAUUUCCUUUGUUGGAGCUGUGAGCAGCAGCACAUUGGCCCUGAUUCUACCACCUUUGGUUGAAAUUCUUACAUUUUCUAAAGAACAUUACAAUAUAUGGAUGAUCCUGAAAAAUAUUUCUAUAGCAUUCACUGGAGUUGUUGGCUUCUUAUUAGGUACAUAUGUUACUGUUGAAGAAAUUAUUUAUCCAACUACCAGAGAUGUAGCUGGUACUCCACAAAAUCCCUCUCUGAAUUUGAAUUCAACAUGCUUAGCAUCUGGUUUGAAAUAA